AUGCAAAGAAGCAGUCGACCCACGUGUACUCCUUCUCUCAGUAAGGAGACCAUCCUGCGGGGUAAUGAUGAGUUAUUGAGCUAUAACACCACAGCCCCGAUCAUCGAACUAGCCCUGCAGAAUGAACUUGAUGGUAACGUAAUCACUGGGUUCAACAAUUUCUGGGGAAAAUUUUUCCUAGAUAAAGAUUGGUCUGACCAAACUCUCCGCAUCUGGGAGUGUUAUCAAAGAUACGAAAUAGAUGAGAUCGAAGAACGGGAAAGAGAUAAUGGCGGAAAUCCACUAAAAACUCAGACGACAUAUUUAUCUAAGAAAGAGAUUUGGGACUGGCUCAAUUUUUUUCGGGACAACUUUUUAAAUCAGCUCAUAAAUCCAAUCUCGAAUUCCCCAAGAAAGUUUCCAUCCCUUGCAAUGAAGGACAAAGGCUCGCAGAUUCGAAACAAGUAUUGUCAUACAACAACUAAUCAUCAGAUAAAAGGAACAACCAACAAUUAUCAGGUUGACUUCCUCGUCAAGAGUAUCAAUGUGGCCAAUAAUGAAAUACACCAGUGGAAGGAUGUCAGAGUGCUUUGUGAGUUUAUGAUAGAGCAUUUCAAUGAUAAGAAGAGGGAUAAAUUUCUCCAAUUAUCAAGAUCAGUUCUGCAAAUAUUCUCUAUACAGCCACUUUGUCAGUUUGUACAUGAAUUCUGCCUUUACAAAAAUAACUUUGAACUUUGGUUGUUCAAUCGUUCCGGUGCUUAUAGUUCUGGACCAUUAUCUAUCAAAGAUAAUAAAGACAAGCUGGUAAGAGCAAUAUCAUCAUACCUGUUCAUGAGUGAUGAAGAACUUGGUAUCUACUCUCCUUUCCGAAAUGUCAAUGGAAGGUCUUUCCUAUCAUUUAGCAAUGAGGAAGAUGAUCAUGCUCAGAGCUAUGAAAUCAAUCCUGAUCCUAUUUUCAAGGCGAGGAAACUAGUCUCACGUGGUACUGUUUGCUUCGAAAUGGGAGAAAAGAAUGCAGUUGUGAAGUACUCGUGGACCAGGACUGCAGGAAAAUCAGAAAUCGACUUUAUGCAAGACGCCUGUGAUACCAAAGGCGUUGUCAAUUAUCUCCGAGCAGAUAGAAUUUGCAAGACUAGUGAUCAUCUAGAGGGUCUCAACUUUUGUAGUGCGGCUUCUUGGGAUAUAAGUGGCCUUGAUCCUAUUGCCAUUGGCGAAGGUGAAAAGCAACCGAUUACGCCCCCACGCAUUAAAGAUCGAGAGCUGACCAGACUAAUUGUCACACCUCGUGGUCGUAGACUGAAUAGCAGCAGGACGAUACUUGAAUUUGUCGAAGGUAUAAAGAGACGCCAUCAUGGCCCACCAAUGAUUAUUUGUCCAAAAGAAGGUACUUCAUGGUGA